AUGAUGAUCGGCUCAUACCUAGAAAAAUUCGUCAAAGGUUCUCAAGAUAAGCCAGCCAUUUCUGACGCCCAACAAUCAGAAACCUUUUCUGAAUUCUUUCUAAACGACCUGAAAUUUCCUUCCCAAAACGUUAACCAUCAGAAUUUUGAGUAUUUUAAGCAGAUCUUCCUUUCCCAAAAUGCAUCUCUUCAGAAAAUUGAAGUAGAUGAAAACAGAAUUGUCUGCAGAAAAUCAGCCAAUAUAGUCGGGUUUGACAAGCUUGCGUCUAUAUUUCUGCAAUCAGAUGAUGCAUUAGUCGUCCAAGAUUCUAUGAUUAUGCUGAUAGCUUUAUUAACAAAAUUCCAUAUAUCAAUAUGCCGGGAAGCACAAAAAAUUUUUAAUGAUUUUGUGUCUGAUUUAGCAACUUACAUAGAGAAAUGCAUAAAUGAUGAUAUUUUGACGUGCAGAGGACUGUCUUUAUUGCUAAAACUAGUCGAAAUUCGUGACCCCUUAUCACAGAAUUCUACCAUGUACAUGAAAAGGGAAAGCGACUUGCAAUAUAAGCCAAUUGAAAUAAAUAAUUCUGGGACUAUAAAAGAUCUCAGAAAAGAAAUAGCGAAAAUAUAUGCAGAGCCAAUAGAAAAAAUCGUACUCAAAGUUAAUGACAAAUUGUUUGGCCCAUCAGAAAACGAUUUAAAAAUUUCUGCUUUAAAUUCCAUUUCAAUGAUUGUGAUAUUUAUGGAGCCGUCUGUGAUGGACUAUGAAGCUAGAAUGGGAUUGUCAAGUCACCAUCAGCUAUAUGACUGUCUUUUUCAGCUGUUGCUGGACAAUGUCCAAAGAUCGUCAGAUUUAGCUUGGACUCUAUUAAUGACUCUUCCCACAUAUGAUAAAAUAGUGCAUGAUAUAUACACACUUAGCUCAGAACUUAUGGGAAUUUUGAACCCUGCAAAUCCUUAUAAAUUGCUAUAUUGCUUAAUGGUCCUUAAUAGAUAUUGCUCCGAUCAGAGCUGGAAAUUAAAAUUUAUUGGCGUUAAUGGGCCUGAAUACUUGAUUAAGCUUUUUCUUUAUAUAAAGGGGAACAUAAAAGGAAAACCUUUGAUAAGAUUAGAAGAAGCCUUAAUCAAUAUUUUGGGCAAAUUAUUGAGAUUUCCUCUAGAAAACCAUCAUGCUUUUAUUGAAGCUAUUAUGGAAACCCUUUCAUUAAUGAGUAUUUCACCUCAUCAGCUUAAUAAUAUAAGAGGGCUUUUUGAAUCUUUAACUGAAAUUAUCAAUUUUUUGGUGCUUUACUAUAAAAGUGAGACUUCUUCAGAAAUUUUGAAUUUUAUUCACACAAAUGAUCUUAUAUAUAAUUCCCUUAUAGCUCAAAAAAGCAGCGAUUUUGGGUUUUUGAUGCUGAAGCUAAUGGAAAAUAUCGCAAACUUGACAAAUAUUCAUUACUCUUUCGCUUUGUUAAUGCUUCAACUGCUUCCUAAAGCAAAGGAAAAUAAAAGCAAGCUAUAUUUUGAUUUUUUCGCAUUUUUAUUCAAAAAAAUCCCAAAUAAAUCCCCAUUUUUAGAUUUAUUUAAUGAGCUUUUCAACGAGAUUACUUUGAGAUGGGAAAUAAAUAGUGGGUACCAAGAUAUCAUCCUAUAUGGCUCCUUGAAAGUCCUUGCCAAUGGAUGGACUAGCUAUUUACUCUCCAUAGAAAACUCUCUGGAUUUCUUUUUACAAAAAUGUCUAUUCGAAAUACCUGAGUCUACGCGGUCACCAUUCCCAAAAUGCAAAAAUAUUGAGACAAGGCAAGCUAUAAUUAAAAUAUGGCGUCUUCGUCUAGGUAUGGCCCUCCCGGCCAUACAUCCUCGACUUAUAUUUUAAUUAUAUCCGGCAAGGUUUUACCAUUUCAGAGAUGGACUGCAAUGCUAGGUAAGCAAUUCUGGUAGCUUUCAGAGCCUAGCCCUAGUCUGUUCUCAGGGGUGGAUUUUUCCUCGUGGGGAAGGAAGGUGUAAGGUUGGAAAGGGGAAGCCCAGCAAAGUCCUCUGGACCAUUCGGGCAACUCCCUAGCGUGAAACUGGGCGUUACGUCCCAGGCUUUGCAUUUUUCCUUUUUGCCGAUAGCCGACCAGAAAAAUCCAUUUUUUGGGUUUUUCGGAAAAGCAACCCAUGUACAAGCAAGUAGCUCAUCCAUGAGCCGUCGAAGACGUGGACAUUUGCCCUAGAAGCACCCUUGGCGAUCGAAGCGAGUCUGUCUCCAGCAGGCUGGUGGGCCCCCGAUGCGACGAAAGGCGAGUGAUAAACCUGGAGUUGUAACCCCGUAGUGGACGUUAAGCGAUAUAAAUUCUAUAAGAUAAGAUAAGAGACAAGGCAAGCUGGUUUUGAGCUUUUAUAUGACUUAUGCAAAAAUUCAGAUUUUCUCUCAAAAGUUACCAAUUUACUAGAAAAGUUUCAUUAUGAUAACUCAUGGAGAUCAAACCACAAAUCUGACUGGAACCGAUUUUCUUUACAAAAUGAAAAGUCACUUACAGGCUUUACAGGAAUUAGAAAUUUAGGCUGCACUUGCUAUAUGAAUUCCUUAAUCCAAUCACUUUAUACAAUCCCAAGUCUGAGAGAUGGAAUAUUAUAUAUCCCAACUGUUGCGAGUGAAGAUAAUGUGCUAUUCCAGCUAAAAAGGAUUUUUUCAGGCUUGAAAAAUAGCGACAAGCCGUUUAUUUCAACAAGGAAAUUUUGCAGAGCUUAUAAGGAUUGUGAUGGGAAUCCAGUAAAUUUGUAUGAGCAAAAAGACGCUGAUGAGUUUUUUGGGAAUCUGAUGGAAAGAUUAGAAAAUGCAUUAAAAGGCUCCAAUUAUGAAAAUCUAGUCCAGUCUCAUUUCGGAGGAUAUCAGGUUUUAGAAAUAGAAAGCAAAGAUUGCCCUCAUAAGACCCAGCGAUUUGAGCCAUUUUUAACUAUCCCAAUCGAGGUUAAAAAUAAGCGAAUGCUGUCAGAAGGCUUAAAAAGUCUUGUGGAAGGAGAAAUUCUGGAGGCUGAUAAUGCAUAUUUAUGUGAGCAAUGCCAUAUAAAAGUAAAAGCCCUUAAAAGAGUGAGUAUAAAGUGCUUGCCAAAUUAUUUAAUGCUGGCACUGAGACGUUUUGAAUUUAAUUUUGAAACUAUGAAGCCAAGUAAGCUUAAUGAGUAUUUUGAGUUUCCUUCAGAACUAGAUAUGGAGCCUUACACACAAGAAGGCUUAAAAAAUUUAGAAAAUGGGUCAGGGGUAUUUGAAAAAAAUUAUUAUAAUUACAAAUUAAGAGGAAUAAUUAUACACACAGGAGAUGCAGAACGUGGCCAUUAUUACUCAUUUAUAUAUGAUUUUAAAAAAAAAUCGUGAAUAAAUUUUAAUGACACUAUGGUAUACGAAAUUCCUGAAACAGAAAUUGCAGCGAACGCAUUUGGCGGAUUUUUAAAAAAUACAACUACAGGGGAAAUAAAGCAAAAAAUCACAAAUGGGUAUCUACUUUUAUACGAAAGAAUCAAAAAAUACAGGCUCCGCAACCCUGAAUCAGAUGAAAUUGAGAAAAUUAAUCUAAACACCAGCUAUGGAGGGGUAGACAUUUUUGAAAGACUAUAUAAAGAAAAAAAUAAAAAAUAUUGGAAAAUAAAAUAUGUUUUUGGAUACGAAUAUGCCUGGUUUAUCAAUGAGAUGACAAAAUUAGAAAAUCCUCCUGUGAAAUUUAUUAUUGAAAACUUUUUGGCUAUUCAGAUAAGAAAUAGGGAUAGAGGAGGACAGUUUAUGAGCCUGGUAAAAGCUAUUACAAGAAUGCUAGAGCAAGAAGAAAAUGCAGAUUGAUUUUUAGAAAAAAUCACUGAUGCAAAAAUAUUAAAGGAAAUUUUAUUUAUGUGCCCUGUUAGUGAGGUGAGAAAAAUAAUUGUGGAAUUAGCAGAGCAAGCUUUAAGAUACGCAAGCAUACAAAUAAAAACAAAAACUAAUGAGAGAGCUGCACUAUUCUUUAAUACGAAAUUCGAAAAAAUUGAAAGCUACUUCAGAGAAUUGAGUUGCAAGCUGUUCUCUGCGAGAGGAUUUUAA